CAGACCCAAAACCCCAGCAAAACGCUAACUACUGUGGUAUCCACUGUGGGCUCUCUGCCUGCAGCACCGCUAUCAAAAUUCUGGAAUUUGAUCGUCAAACAUGCAGUCCCUACUCUCGCCGGUAGCUCCCGCCGGUCCCUACUCCGCCGCCGCAGUUUACUCAUCGGAUUUACACCUCAGCCGCUUCCACCGCCUGCCCCUCUCCCUACGCCACGCGUCCAAUCUCAAUUCUCCCCCCAAUUCCAUCCCUUCGGUUAAUGCCAUUCGAUCUUCCUAUUCUUCUUCUUCUUCUUCUUCCUCGUUGCUGAUUUUAAAGGCUUUUGGUACUCUUGGGAAUCGAAGAGGACUGUUUUGUUCGGAAACACGCGCUUCUUCUUCUCCCAUUUCGCCAACGGCUCCCCCUAAUGAUGAGGCUGAAAAGGCAAAGCUGGCUCAGGUGGCAAAGAGAUUAGAGAAGACAUCGAGGUAUUUCAAGAGGUUGGGUAAUCUCGGAUUUUGGGGACAGUUGGUGUGCACUAUUGUCUCUGCCGUUAUUCUUUCAUUCUCUGUUGUCAUCACCGGGAAAAUUACAUCACCUGCCACUUUUUAUGCCACCGCUGGCAGUAUUGUAGCAGCUUUCAUUUCUGUAUUUUGGUCCUUUGGUUACAUUCGGCUUUCUGAUAAACUUCUACGGACUGCAAAUCAACCCUCCAAGGCUCCUCCCCGAGCCGAUGUUGUGAAUAGCCUAAGAAAUGGAAUAGUAGUGAACCUUCUGGGGAUGGGUGCUGCCAUUCUGGGGAUGCAAGCAACGGUGGGAUUGUUAGUUGCUAAGGCUCUUACUUCGUCAGCAAUUCCGUAUUAUCAGGGAGCCUCUCCUGGGAAUAGCCCUGUUCUUGCUUUGGACGUAUUCUUAGUCCAGGCUUCUGCGAACACUAUCCUCUCUCAUUUCCUGGGGCUAGUUUUCUCAUUGGAGCUGCUACGCUCAGUGACUUUACCUGCCGCUGAGAGCAUCCCCAUUCCCCGAAUAGCUUAGCCACCGCCCUCGGCCCUCCGACCUUCUAGGUGAUUAAUGCAGCAAUGCAUUUGACGUUGGAGGCGACACGGUACGAACGGAUCAUGAGUUUUAUGUCCAUUCUGAAGCCUAAUCGAAGUCAUUUGUAUUUUUUUGUUGUGCUUGUUCCUGCUGGGGGUGGAAACCAAAAGGAUCUGUUGGUAGGCCUUAAUAGUUAGUUGCUGCGGGUGAAUAUGGAAGUUGUUUGUACCGUAAUCAUAAAGAUUGGGAAAGUCAUGUCAAAGUUUCAAAAUUCAAACUUCCUCUAUUAAGGUUCAGAUUCAAAUGUGGUUGUCUAAGAGUUUUUUUUUUUUU